GUAUACUUCGAUAAAAAAGUUAUCUUGACAACCGUUGCUAAGCGCUGUUUUGUCAGUAUUGAGCUAUCAACAAAGCGAUUGAUAAAUAAACAGAAAGAGAUAUUAAACCCGCAAUAAUGAGUUUAAAUAAAAUUUUAUCGAAUCCAGCCUUGAAAGAUAAGAAGGAAAUGGAGUUGAACGAAGAAUGGAACAACUUCGUGAAGAGAAUAGGGGAGGUGUCAGGUCUUGUGAAGGAUAUGGCGAGCGGAGACAAGGCGAAAGCUGAUGCUGCAGCCACGCUAGCCGACCAGUACCUUCAGGGGAAGGUUAUUGUUGAUGAAGACGUGGAGAUGAAGGUCAAGUGUGAUCGUACUGUGAUUAAUAAAAAGGCGUUUCGGAGUAUGCAGAAUGAGGGUGAAAUGGACAAAGACGCAUGGAUGGCAGAAGUGAGCAAGGAUGCUGAGAUGCGUUUCCAAGACAAAAAAGUGCGCCGCGAACGCGCCGACACCCUCAAGACUCAAGCCGUAAAGGCUUUUAACCGAGGAGAGUACGAGAAAGCCCUGUCUUGCUACAAUCGGGCUUUGGAGCAAGUCAGAGACAACCCUAUGCUGUAUUGUGAUCGCGCGCUUACUAAUAUCAAGCUGGGGAAUUUUCAAAAGGUAUUCAAAGACUGCGAAUGGGCCCUGAAGUUGAACGAGAACAGUUUCAAGGCGCGUCUCUACACCGCUAAAGCUCACAAAGAGUUAGAAGACACAGACAAACUGGAGGAAUGCCUGGCAGAGCUGAGAGAGAAGUUCCCUCAGCAUGAGGACCUGGUGCAGUACUUCUUGGAGAAGAAGAAAGGUAAACAGGAGGAGGAAGAGGAUCAGUAAUUUUGUUUGGAGCCAGCCCGUUAACCGUCAAGACUAAGGAAUGUUCUGUAGUAAGAAAGUUAAUUUUAGCCUCUACGGUUUGGGCCUUUUAAGGCUCUGCAUUGUUCUUACAUGGAUAUGAAUCUAGGUUAGACUGAAGGUGACAUUCCAUUUCCAACUGCAGCUGCAAUACUGUUCAUUUUACUAUGGAAAUUGACAAUGACAGCGACGCGUUCAGUACUGGUAUAGUGCAGCUGCGGUUAGAAAUGGAAUGUUACCAUAAGAUAACUCUGCAUUGAUUUUGAUAGCAUAGACUGUGAAAGUGUUAUUUUAAUCCUCAAAUUUUCAAUGAAAUUAGUUAUAUGACGCAAACCUACCUAAAUACCCUUGCACAGUUUGUACUAUCAAAAUCACUGCAGAGAUAUCUUGGUCUAACUCCAUUUAUUUCCAAAACCAUCGAAAGGAUGCCAACUCACUUAGUCAUGUUCUCAUGUUUAUAUACCGCCUAUUCGAAAUAUACCUAAUUAGUUCUUGAAUUGAAUGUAAUGAAAAUGUUCAAAACCUAAAUAAAAUUGUCCUAAACCAUUUUCACAUGAAAGAAUUCAGAAGAUAAUAAUUAUUAGA